AUGUCUGGCCAGAUUGCGCGCGCUGCUACACUAUUUUGUGUGGAUGAUGUGAUCAUUUAUGAUGAAACAUGUAAAAUGACUCAGGAAAAUGUUGAUGCGUACUGGUCUGGAAAGUGGAGAGGGGAUAUAGCACCUUCUGAUUCGAAUUUUGAAGCAUGCUUCCAUUUGGCACGAAUAUUGGAAUAUGUUGAGUGUCCGCAGUAUUUGAGGAAAUACCUAUUCCCAUUCCAAAAACCGUUGAAGUAUGCAGGUUUGCUUAAUCCUCUUGAUGCUCAACAUCAUCUGCGGAGUGACGAUGUUUCUAUUCCAUUCAGGGAAGGUGUGGUUUUAGACAAACCAACCAAACCUGAUAGAGGCUCACUUUGCGAUGUUGGCCUUGAAAAGGAGCUGGAACUGGAGGACAAGAUUCAACUACCUGCCGCCACUCGUGUAACGGUUGAGAUUACUAAUUUGGGCGAAAAUUCCAAACGAUAUCGCGGCAAGCUCUCCAGUGCACGAAAAGUACGAGAAAAAACGGGAAAGUAUUGGGGUUAUUCUGUGAAGUUGGCGACGAGUUUGAAAGAAGUGCUUGAUAGGUAA